AUGAUGCCGACAAAUUGUAGAAUUUCAAAGAAUCCGAACUGGAAUUUCUACACAGACCAUGGUCCGCCCAGCCCCAUUCUUCAAUAUCCACUGGAGAGGGAACUCCAUCUGGAAGGUGUAAUGAGAGAAUAUGCAGACGACAUCGUUCUCAUGUUCGAAGAGGAGAAGAAGGCGCAAGUAUUCUUGGAUGAACUGAGCAAAGUCAUCCCGUCCUUUGGUAUGCACUUUGCACCUAUAAAGUGUAAGGUCAUGCUUGUGGACGUGCAGUCACUGAACAUGUCAUUUACAAUCCAGGGAGAGGCAUUGGAAGUGGUGGAGCAUUUUACGUAUCUUGGAAGUUGUAUUAGUUCUGAUUGUAGUGUGACAGAUGAGGUCAAUGCACGAGUCUGCAAGGCUCGGGCCGCGUUUGCUGAUUUGAGACACCUUGGGCGUCCUCACUGUGGCUGGCUGGAGACACUACAAGAUGUGACUACCAACCGAUGUCAGUGGCGUUCUUUUUGUCAGUUCCUAUCCAGAUCGCCUGAGGGAGUGUCUGGAGGUGUAGGCACCUCGGAAUGA